AGACAGGAAACAGUUGAGGCUGAGCGGUGCAGAAUGGUCCACAUUGCAGGAAGAGUUACGUAGAUAUGUUACGCCAGCGCCCAUUAUGGUGGCUGUGUAAAUUCCCCCGGUAGGUGAACGAAAACUUUGACCCGUGUUUGACUCAGUCAUGAAGCAGCGGAUUUUUGUCAGGAAACGGGCUCCAGCUGUGGGCAGUGCGUCGCUUUAAUGGCAGCGCAAAACGAUGCACUUCAUCCAGUUCACCUCGCUAGCUCUGUUGCAGUAUUUGAAGAUGAUGCGAUUGUUGCUCCUGUGUCUGCUGCUGCCUACCACUACUGUUUUUUCAGAUGAGUUUGAAGGAUCAGCCGGUGAUGGUCUGGAUGAUGAGGAUUCAUUUGAGGAAAAUGAGAUUAUAGAGUUCCAUGACAGAGGAGGUUCUGGCACAUUUGUUGACAAAACCAAAGGGGAAGAAGACCCAACAGAUCAGUUCACUCUGAUAGUCAUCGUUGUAGCUGUGAGCAUGUUGGCUCUCUCUGUUGCAGCUAUAGUUGCUGUAAUAUUAGUCAGACGCCGCAUGCACAAACAGCAAGGGAUCUAUUCUGUACCUACAGAGCAGGACCAGAAAGAGGCAGUCUAGUUCCUGGCAAAGCAGCAACUCUGGAACACGCAUGCAAGAAAGAGCGUCUCACAAGGUUCUGUGAUCUCAUCACGAGGAUUAGACUCCUUCAACAGCUCUGUUUAUUGCUCCUACAAAAGAAACUAUCAAUCCAUAAGCAAUCCCAUAAUAUAUUCCAUUCUUGCCUCUGUCUCUACUGUUUGUAACACAAUUUAGGACAUUUGGAACGUAUUCAAACCUUCUAAUUGGAUUCUAUUUACGGAAUCUAAACAAAUAAGGCUCAGUGCGUCUUUUGUUUGCACUGUUAGAAAUACUCUCUCGUUUUAUCAGCAUAAACAACAAUGUUUUGUUUGGUACACGUGAAGCAAACCUAUUUGUGUGGAAUGGUCGUUGACUGAGACUAAACAUGCUAAUCCAAAGUAAGACACCGACAAGAGGUCCACACUUGAGUCUCCUGUUCGCUGUCUGAUAUUUUCUCUUCCCGAGCCAUUUCGGCUGACAGCAGGCUGUGGAAUAGAUGAUAAAAAGUGCCAAACCACCCAAGUCUUCUUCUCCUUCUCAGCCACUCCAACAACUGUCAGGGUAAACACCCGCUUGCAAGGUGGCAAAUUAAUCGACCACCAUGAAUGUGGAUGUUUACUUUCCUCUUUUUUUUUUUCCUCUUUGUUUUGGAAAGUUCUCCUUUCAAAAUGGUGCAUGUUGUAAAUAGCUGUGUGACUUCUGAGGAGGCAGGCUAAUGGCCCACGGUGGUGGUGGUGUGAAAAUGGGGUAAAAUGAAAUCAAAUCUAAUGGAUGAUUGGGGAAAAUACCAACAAUAGCUGGGUUCUCGCUGUACAGAGCGUGAUGUUUCCCUGCCGUCGUCUUAGGCCAAAUCAAUCUUUGCCGGAAGAGUAAAAGCUUUCAUUUCAUAUGCGUGUUUGUUCCCAUACAGAAGGCGACGGGGAAGGUGUUUUUUGUAACACUUUUAAGUUGUCAAACAGAGUGUAAUGAGCGGUUCCUUUGAAUUAUAUCAAUAACACAGAGAAUGGACUUCAAUGGACACAAAAAAGAGCUCGCCUCACAUGCAGCAAAUACUAACAAGAUUAGAACAUUGUUGUAUUUCUGUAAAUGCUUGAAUUAUAGUCUGCUGGUUAUUGACAAACCGUAAGAGGGUGGGUGUUAGUUCCCAAAUUAGCCCUUUAACUGUGUUGAGGAUAGCUCAUUUUAUGCAAAAUCUUUAAAAAAAAAGAUGACAUUAAUGGGCAUUCAAAGGGUUAAAAUAAAAAAAAAUAAACAAUUACAUGUUUGCUAUUUUUAUUUAGGACUGAAGGUGAUUGAGAGGGGAAAAAAGCAGAAAGAGGCCUUUUUCAUCCUGAAUGCUUCUCAAUUGCCAUUAAAUUAAGUAAUCCCCAGACGGCAUGAUUUGUAGUGCAUGAGAAAGUCAAAAGGGAAAACAUGGCUGUUUUUUACUACAUGGUCAUUUAUUAACAAGUACCGUAGUUUCCGGACUAUAAGCCGCACCUGACUAUAAGCCGCACCAGCUAAAUUUAGGGGAAAACACAGAUUUCUCCAUAUAUAAGCCGCACCCGACUAUAAGCCGCAGGGUUUUGAUGUGUAAUUACCGUAGUAUAUAGGGGUUCCUGCUACCACGGAGGGGAUUGUCGGGACAGAGAUGACUGUUUGGGAACGCAAAGCGUCCCAUUUAUUAACAAUAAAUCUUUCAAUCAUUCAAUCAAACUUUCACAUCUUUGACACGGCGAACAGCAUUCGUGCAGAGUACAAACAAUACAACGGUGCAAAGUAAUACAAAGUGCUCGCCUGUACAUUAUCAAAAUAAGCAGCCUACCGGUAUAUGAAAAGUCAGUCUUUAAUCAUGGUGUCAUCGUCUUCCUCCUGCGUACUAAAACCACCGAAAUCCUCUUCGUCGGUGUCGGAGAAAAACAGGCCGUAUAUAAGCCGCACCCUUGUAUAAGCCGCAGGGACCAGAACGAGGGGAAAAAGUAGCGGCUUAUAGUCCGGAAAUUACGGUACCAUAGUUUCAUAGUUAUAUUGCGCACCCACCUAAUUUUUGGAGAAAUGUUAUGUUGUACAAGUAUUGGCUGACAAGUCUACAAGCCGCAUGUGUACACAUUAAAACAUUAAAUAUUUACACAGGUGCUUGUGUUAGUUUUCUAAUUUAACAAAAGACAUUGCCUGUAACACGGCAUACAGUAGCCUACCGGAGAAGACAUUGAGCGCGGCCUUCAUCGUUGUCCUCCUUUGAUGCUAAAGUCGUGUUCAUCGGCGCACGGUGGUUCGGCCUUUCGAGCCCUGUUAGUGAUGGUGGAUUUCCGUUCCUUUUUCGAGUGACGGGUUUAUCAUCUUUGGCUGUGCUGUGUGUAUUUCGUCUUUUCUUCUUCAUGACGAUGGUAAGUCCAUAACUUGAAAAAUAGCUGACGGAAUGAUUGUGUGAGUACAUUUGAUUUAAUGUGAGCAGCUUCAUUGGUUCACUGUGAGUGGUCUGAUGUGACGAGGCUAUAUUGUACAACAGAACCAAUUUUGUUAUACCAGUAACUGUUCAGCCAACAUUAAUAGUGCUGAUCACUGUUGAAUUAUGAUCACUCAUACUACAGACGCAGUUACUGUCAUCUUGUGGAGUUAUCACAGGCUACAUCCGAAGGUUACCUACAGCCACAGCUGUUAAUGGCAAUGUUUUUGACCAGGCGAUAAUAAAAUACCGUCCUUUGCUUUUCUAGGCAAUAAUUGGAGCAUUUACAGUAGUCACUAAUGUAUUAGGUGUAGAUGAGACUAAAAGUAAAUCUAUGUGAAAUACACUGAACAAAUACUGCAACAAAACACCGUAUAAGCCAGUACAUUUUCACGAUUACAGUAAGUCACUUUUUUUUCCAGCAAAAGUGAGCAUGCUUGACGAUUUGGAGUAUUUCCCACACGUACUGUUCAAAGGUUUGAAGAUGGGUUCUCAUGCUUUUGAAUGAGAAAGUGUCUAAACUUUUGACCAGUGUUAUUCCACAUUUAACAAAAAGUCAAUAUAACCAAUUGCAAUAUAAACCAUUUCACAUUUUAUACCUUGCAUGUCCUCCCCGUGACUGCGUGGGUUUCCUCCGGGUACUCCGGCUUCCAAAGACGUGCACCUGGGGAUAAGUUGAUUGGCAACACUAAAUUGGCCCUAAUGUGUGGAUGUGAGUGUGAAUGUUGUCUGUCUAUCUGUGUUGGCCCUGCGAUGAGGUGGCGACUUGUCCAGGGUGUACCCCGCCUUCCGCCCGAUUGUAGCUGAGAUAGGCUCCAGCACCCCCCGCCACCCCAAAAGGGAAUAAGCGGUAGAAAAUGGAUGGAUGGACCUGCACACGUGCAUAGUAACUUUGUAUGUAAUAUUUCUGGCAGGUAAAAAUCAGCUUGUGCAUAUAUCUAAUAUAUCUUAGCCAAGCUAGUUUUAUUAUUAAACUGUCUUAACACUUUCUCAACAUAUUGUAGCUUUAAAUGUCUGUACAAAUUCACAAAGCAAUAUAUUUACAUUAUGACCUUUAUUUUAUACUGUAUAUGCUUGUGUCUAUGACAUUGUGAUACCUUCUACUGCUUACUUAGUGUUUGUCAGUUUAGCAAAAACAUUGUAAAAUACUUGUUUAAAUGUUUAAGUAUUUGUACUUUGGUAUCAGUUAAUUUGUGCCAACAUUUUUUAGUAAGUAGUAGACCAAACCAACAACAAAAACAAACAUUUCAUAGCAGAUUUGGAAGCUAAGAGCUCAAAUCAGUUGGAAAAUGUACUGCUGUAUGGAAUUGAUUAUGCCAUUAAAUGUUUUUAAAAAUGU